AUGGCUGAAAAUAAUAUCACAGAGGUGACCUUCUUCGUACUCUCUGGAUUUUCAAAUCAUCCUGAACUAAAAGUCAGUCUUUUCUUGAUAUUUCUCUUUAUCUAUCUAUUCACUGUUUUGGGGAACCUUGGUCUCAUCGUGUUAAUCAGAAUGGACCCACAGCUUCAUACGCCGAUGUAUUUUUUUCUAAGCAAUUUAGCCUUCAUUGACAUAUUCUAUUCCUCUACAAUAACCCCCAAGGCCCUGGUGAAUUUCCAAUCCAGCGAGAAAACCAUCUCCUUUGCUGGCUGCUUUGCUCAAAUGUGCUUUUUCGUGGGUUUGGCAAGUAGUGAAUGCUUUCUUCUGGGCUCCAUGGCCUAUGACCGCUAUGUAGCAAUCUGCAACCCCUUACUGUACUCCGCAGUAAUGUCACAGAAAGUGUGUCACUGGUUGGCAGUGAUGCCGUAUGUGGUUGCAUUCACAGAUUCCACAAUAAUCGCCUGUGUGAUCAGUACCUUGCCAUACUGUGAUUCCAAUGUCAACCAUUUCUUCUGUGACACCACAGCUCUUAUGGCUCUGUCCUGUGGAGAUAUUUCCAGCACAGCGCUAAUGAUCUUCUUUUUAGCUGGCUUCACCAUCGCUUUCCCACUCCUCAUUAUCACUGUCACUUACAUCGCCAUCAUCUCAGCCAUCCUGAGGAUCCAGUCUGCAGCAGGCAGGAAGAAGGCCUUUUCCACGUGUGCCUCUCACCUCAUGGGGGUAACUAUCUUCUAUGGCUCCCUGACGUUUACGUAUUUGCAGCCUGAUGACUCAUUAUCCCUGACCCAGGCACAGGUGGCCUCUGUGUUCUAUACCAUUGUCAUCCCAAUGCUGAAUCCCCUCAUCUAUAGUCUGAGGAACAAGGAUGUGAAAAAUGCUCUGCUGAAAAUAAUACACAGAAAAACUUUUUUCAUGAAGAACCUGUGA